GUUGCAUAUCGGCAGGCGAACGCCAGUCGCAGAACGAAAAAGCCUUCCCCCGCUCGCACUCUACGGAGCGGGUUUUCCACCUAUAUCUGGCAGAGCAAGAAAACGAUGGCUGUUGUUCUUCUUAUACAAAUCACUUUAGCAACUCUUCUAAAUCUUUAAAGAAAAGCAGUUUUACACUAGUUAAUGUUUGCCCAAAUUUUGCACCGCUCACAAAUUUAGUGAAAAGUAGUAGUAGUAGUUUAAUCGCGCACAUUUUUGCUGUGAAAAACUGAUCAAAUAUUAGGUAUUUAUUAACGGGAACCGUAGAGUAAGGCUGUUCUGUGACGUGAAACUUCCUAGACAGAAAGAAAAAAGUUCUUUCCGCUGAUCAGAGCACAUUUUUGCACUAAAAUUUAUCAGUAUUAAGUCGCUAGUGACGAAAUCUAUCGAAAAACCAGACAGUGGAAAAUCGAUUCUGCUUGUUACCCUGCCAGGGAGAGAUCUUCACCCAAAGAUGGAAAUGUACAGAAUUGUUGAAGGCCGUGCAAUUUCGGUACACGGGCUUGCUAUGAUUCGCCGCAGCUGGAGCUAAAUUUUCUACUGUUAGGUGAUUAGAUUUGUUGCAUCCAUCCUAUCCUGCCUACUUAGAGAUCCACAGCCUACUGCGAUGGAUGUGUCCGUGCUGAUAGCCUGCCUUGCCCUAGUCGGGACACUAUUGAUUGUUCUCUUGCUGUUGUGUCGAUUGAUUCAACCGUACGAUAUCGCCUGGUUUCUGUCCGAUCGCGAGGAUAAGAUCAAACUAUCGAAAAUAAAACUGUACAAUGCGAAUGGUUAUCUGAUGCAUUCCGGAUCCGACAUUUUGCUCGGCUCAACCGGUAGCUUUCAACGGUUCGAUUCUGUCGAUCGUGACUACAAACCUCAGCAGCAUGGACAAGGCCUUAGUGUUCCCGCGUGGAGAACUAUAUCCAUCGAGGAAUCCGAAAUACCUCCGCAACCACUGAGACCAGCCCCGUCACCCAAGGAGCCCAAGCUUGUUAGAGAGAAAGCUAUUCAGAAACAAACAUCGGAACCUAAACCUACCACAGGAGGAAUAACAAUAUCGCCAAUACCUCGGCCUGUUCCGCGUAAGCAACAUUCUGCUCCUAUCUCUUUCCCACUGCCAGUGCUUAACUCACCACGAGAAAAACGGUCCCAAAAUGAAACUCACAUCAGUACGAAUCCAUUCCUCAAUCAUUCAACCCUGCAGGAAGAAGGUGAUCCUGCCCCUGUGCUUCCACCGAUUCCAGCUACUCUAACCGACGUCCCACAACCAGAAACGCCGUUACUUCGGCGCCUCAUUAGAUCAGCCAACAACCCUUUCAUAUCCGAUCAUAGUCAGAAAUCGGAAAAUGAAUGUUUCUUCAGUUUCGAACCGAUUGCAGUGAGAUCAUUUUUUGCCGAGGAGGACCCACUUCGUCGGGCGGAAAAACGAAUCUCCAAAAUGGAGAACCUUCGCAAAAUGUCCCGUCUCAUCGAAAGCAAUCAAGUUUUGCUGAAUAUUUACCAACAGUUUAACAGUGCCGUCGAUCGCUCAACUGAAUGCGUUCAAACUACCAUAACUCCUCCUCCUCCUCCUUCUUCUGUGUUUCCCCAAUCAGCUAGUUCUCAUUCAACGUACGUCGGUGGCCAUUCUUCAUCCUCCUCAACAUCACCAUUAGUUUCACCCAAGCUUUUUGAAACUUCCCCAAAGCCUCUACAGCACUCUUCGUCCCCUCCACGAUCCCUCUCGCCGACAAGAAACCGAAUGGAGAACAGCAAAUAUCAAGACUCACCCCGGACGGAAGCUGGAGAUAACAUUCGAAUUCCUACGGUUUCCAACAGUAUCAAGCACAUUCUGCGCAAUCGUUCCUUCUCGGAAACGGAAUUCAGCGAACGUAAGCUGUUCAAAAGUUACGCCUUGGUAUCCGAAACGGACCACACAAAUCCCUUCACAUCGUCCGUAUUGCUGAAGAACUCAUCCUACAAGGACCUCCAGAAGUAUUGCACUGGUUCGCAGCAACCGCCGAUCGGAAGUUCGAGCUCCUCCUCGCUACAGAAAACACUUUCCGAAUCCUUCCUGGAACAGUACUCAUUCGGGCGAACGGACACGGACCGAAGCCUUCCGAAGAUGAUGAUGCAGCAGCCCGGCGGCGCGACGGAUAGAAUGCGUUCGGUCAUUCCAUCUACAUCCAGCGAAUCGGUUGCAUCGCAAUCGUCGGUCGUUUUCAGUGAUCUGGAACCGUCGCAACCAAUCACCGGUUAUUUGUGCGUUGGACUACAGUAUGACAAAACUUCCACCACAAUGGAUGGAACGGAACUGCUGGUCACAAUUCAGGAAGCGAAACAACUGAUCGGCCCACCCGGUAUCGAAAUGGACACGUUCGUGAAAGUUUUUAUCGUACCAGAUGAAAGCAAAGUACUCCAAACCAAGGUAUUUAAAAGUUCCAACUCGCCCAGCUAUCAAGAAACGUUCAGUUUUUGGAUCACUCAUAGCAACAUUCGUCGGUCACUUUGGUUCCAUCUGUACCAGACCAGUUCCGAAGAGCAAACAUUGAUCGGCGAGUGCGAGAUGCAAAUCAAUGAGAACAUCAAUCGGCCCAUGACGACCUGGUUGAAACUGCAGGAUUCGAGCCUCCGGAAGAGUCAACUCGGUGAGCUUAUGUUCUCGCUGAGUUACCUCCCAACGGCGGAACGACUCACGGUGGUCGUCGUGAAGGCCCGUAAUUUGAACCUUAAAAAUCGAUCGAAUCGUUUGAAACAACAGCCACCACCACCACUGAUCUCGUUCGAUGACCCUCCAACCGAUUCAACCACGUUUGCCGAGUCCGUCGAUGUGAACUCCAGCGAGGGAGUUUUUGUUAAGGUUUAUCUACUGAAAAAUGAUAAAAAAGUUUCCAAGAAGAAAACUUGUGUCAAACGAGGCGAACGAUCACCGAUCUACAACGAGGCGAUCAUCUUCAGCGUUCCGCCGUACAUGCUGAGCACCAUCCAGAUCCGUUGUUCGGUUGUACAGAUGACCAAUCGUGACGGUGUGAGCAGUAACAAUCCUACUAUUGACAAUAGCAGUACCAUUCUGACCAACGGUAACAACAGUAGCAGUUGCGGUAGUUUAAAUCGAAGACAGAGUAUGAAACUGGUGUCGGUCGGGCACGUGAUAGUCGGUAGUGGAACUACCGGAAUCGGUCUUCGCCAUUGGCACCAGAUGUUGACCUCACUCCGGAAACCGGUCACCAUGUGGCAUGCGCUGAAAACCACUUCCGAGCGGAAGCUGAAACGUCUGGGAGAGCCAGACGUCGACAGUGACUAAGCAGAGACCGGCGGGGGGAGACGCAGGUGUAACGAAGGGCUGUUUGUUCGUGUGCAGGGAAAUCAAGGGGAAGCAGAACCGUUAUGAUAAUAAUGAUAUUUGUAGCAUUUAGUGUUAGUUACCAUUUGUCAGUUGAAAGCAGAGAAAAAUGUUCUAAGCAAAUGUUAGAUAAAUCAAAAAUAUUUCGUAUAUACCAACGUUUUUUCACCGUCGAUCGCCAAAAAUUAUACAUAUAUACAACGUAAAGUACUAUUAUACGAUUUUCACACAGCUACGAAUGGGGGAAAAUCUUCUAAAAAAAAUAAAAUAAAACACACCACAAUGACAAACUAUUCUAAUAACAAAAAAAAAUUGAUUUCAUCUGUCGAAUGGAAUUAGAUGCCGUACUAUCAGAUUACUUGCGUAACACUAUACAGAGUUUUCCUAAGGAUUUGAUAAAAUAAAGCGCUCGUAUAAUCUUUUCUUCUA